AUGCUUGAAAUCGCCUGUUUCAAUUUACCCUCAGUCUACGCAGCAGCCAAGGCAGGAGCCGACCAAAUCGAGCUGUGUGCGAACUACAAAGCUGGCGGCAUCACGCCUCCCAACCAAUGGGGUACUGAACUCUCUCUAAAGUCACCUGGCGUACCUGUCAAAGUCAUGAUUCGACCACGAGGAGGCGACUUCAACUACACCGGCGAAGAAUUCGAGCAAAUGAAGACUAGCAUCUCUGAAUGGAAGCGCUAUCGUGUCACGGGGUUUGUUUUUGGAGUUUUGGACGCAAAUCAACGAUUUGACGAGGUGCGCAAUCGCGAAUUGGUCGAGCUUGCGAUGCCGUUUCCCUGUACAUUCCACCGUGCCAUCGAUGCGAUUUACGCUUGGGAAUCGGCUGCCAAUUCCAUGGUCAGAUGUGGAUUCAAGAGCAUACUAUGUGGUAGCGGUGAGGACGGUGCUAACAAGGCGUCGACGCUGCAAAGCAGAUACGGCAGGGAUAUCAUGGUCCUUUAUGGCGGAGGAGUGCGAAGUUCAAAUAUUGAAGAAUCUAGGAGAGAAACUAAAGUUGAUUGGAUGCAUUCUUCGGGCAUCACGCAACCUGGCGAGGAUGUGGAUGUUGAUGAAGUUGGGAAGAUGAAGAGCAUACUGACACAUUUGAGUCAAGAAUUAGCGGGAGGAUGA